AUGAGUGGUGCACACCAGGGAUUACCAUUAAUAUUUUUCGAAUCUACGGAGAGAGCUAUCUCAAAUGAACAAUAUGAUCUCUCCAUUUUUAACCAUAUCAUUUACGCAAUAGACCAAAACUACGAGGAUCCCUUCAUUUUACAAACUUGCAUCAACGUCUAUAGAAUCCUAUCAUACGGUGUGCUUGAUUUCGUUCCUUAUCAAAAAAUUAUAGCCUCACUGAAUGAUAGGUGGGAUAUCUAUUCACGCAAAGUUCCAAAACGUUUCAUUAAUUUUGACCACUUUCCCGGAUUUACAUGUGUUUCAAGUUUCUGGGAUAGAUUUUUCGAAGGGAAAGCCUGGUCUGAUCAGACAAAGCGUAUAUGGGAGAGCUAUAAAAAUUAUAAAGAUGACACUAACCCCAAAAAUAUACCUCUUAACUUGGCUGAGCAAGGACUUUCAGAAUUUCCAUCACUACCAUCAGAGCAAUUUCCAGCCCUCAUUCGAAAAGAGAAUGAUCUCCCCCUGAGCGGAAAAAUAUCUCUUUCAUCAAACAUUGAUAGAAGGGGAACUAGGUUUAUCCAACUGGCAGCUUUUGUUCGGGAAACUUUUUAUCAGCAACCACUCCGGCGGUUUGUGCACGGAUUCUACUUGUUCGACAAGGUUAUUGAGUUCUGGCUGAUUGAUCGAACUGGUGCAUACAGCUCGGGCUUUAUAAGUAUCGAAAAUAAUGAGCAAGUAUUGGUUCGUGCCAUCUGCUCAUAUUUACUGAUGAGUGACGAAGAAGUGGGUCUCGAUACAACAAUUCGCAAAGUUGAUGGACGGUCCAUUAUUACAAUUGAUGAUGGUGAGCCCGGGCUGACCAGAGAGAUUGAGAUCAACCCCAAACCAAUCAUCCGGUCACAAAAACUGACAUCAUGUGGUACCACCUGCUACCGCUCAGUUGACGAGAAAUUUCUGGUCAAAUAUUCGUGGCACAGGGUUCACGGGAAAUCCGAAAUUGAUUUACUGAAAGAAGCUCUCCAGGUCAAUGGUGUAAUCAAUCUGGUGGCAUCAGAAACAAUUCACAAACUAAGUGAUGUCUGGGAAGAUUUAUCAGCUUUUAUUCCUAAAAAAUGGUACACGAUGGAACACGAGAAAUCGUCAAAUGACUCUGAAGGAAAGAAAAUAGAUAAAUAUGAGGUAUUGAAUGAUUAUGAAAUGACUAGAGCCGUUCUAUCACCAUACGGACGUCCCCUUAAAUCCUGUACAUCGGUAUUACAAUUUCUUAUUGUCAUACGAGAUGCACUUAUGGGGCACCGUGGCCUAUAUAACAAGAAAAUUAUUCAUAGCGAUAUUUCCGAAGAUAAUAUCAUUAUAGUGGCACCAACAGCGGACGAUAGAUCAAGAGGGAUGUUAAUAGACUUAAAUUGUUCAAUCUCGGACCACGAUACUUGUAAGACGAGGACACGUAAAUACCCCGUGGGCACAUCAAAGUUCAUGGCUAUUAUACAAGUGGCGAUGUGGGUAGGAAAUGAAGAUAAGCGGGAUUAUAACUUCAAUUCGUCUUAUCUUUUCGACCUGGAAUCAUUUUUCUACGUGUUUCUAACAGGAUUCGUAGAGUAUGGACGAGACCCUGAUCUUCCAUUGCACAACUUGGACUCAUGGCGGGAAAAAAACGUAGAUAAUAUCCUUAGAAACAAGUGCGAAGAUAUCGACGAGAAUUUUGAGAUCUUUAUCAACACCAAGUUCUCAAGCAGUUUCGUCGAUUUCAAGAAUUUGGCUCUGGAGCUUCGUAUUAUAUUGUUUGGCAAUACUAGAUAUAGUUACAAAUUACCCCGCGACUCCGACUUGGUGUACAAGGAGAUGACUAAUGCAUUUAAUAGAAUGAUUGGGAAAAUUGAAGGUAAGAUCAGUUUACAAUUACAUCGAAGAACUACCUGCUACCAUGAGAGACUAGCUGACAGACUAUAA